UUUCUAUGGAAACAUAUAUAUUGGUCUCGGUUACAGGUGACGAAGCUAUGACAAAGUCAUUUUGAAAUUGAAGUAAAUAAAAUUUUAAACAUGCAAAUAACAUGAAAUCGUAAAAUUCAGGAGAUGAAAUCAUGGCUGAUGCAGGAAUUGCUCAAUCGGAUGUAUACGAUGAAGAAUUUUUUAACAAUCUGCAACUCUCAAAGACGUUGAUCCAAAGAAUUAGGAGGAAAAGAGAUAAACAAAUCUGCAAAAAAUGGAUCCUGAAACUUUGCAACUUGAAAUCCGACGAUGUAGUUGUUAAGAAAAACAGGAACGCGUUCUUCAAGUACAUGCUCAAUAUGUUGAAUAAACAGGCAGAAACAGAUGAACAAAGUCCGCAGUAUGAUAAUGGGGAUAAAAAGCAAGACGAUACCCUUAUAUUCACGAGCAAAUGGUCAAGGGACAAGCGAACCUACAUAGCAUGCAAGCCACUACCAGGCGAAGGAGCACUGGUUUAUAUGGCAGUUUCAUCUGAUCCAUCACUUGGCUGGGACCAUCCAUGAUCACAACAUUAAAAUGGUAUAUAUGGCUAAUAAAAAUUAUUCAUUGUACAAGUGUUUACUUAUGAGUCAGCUAGACAAAAAUGAUUCUAUUUAAGGAAAAAGUUCACAAAUCAGAUGUAUGCCCGACUCAUUGAGGCGAAGGGAAGCGACUUAGGUGCGCAGCAAUGUCACUCGACAAUGCUUGAUAUAUGGCUGACUUCAUUGUGGAACAUUGUUAAUUAAUAUCUUUGUGCGAUACGCUCAUUCCCUUCCCCUCAAUGGGCGUGCACUUUUAUACGUAUGAUAAACCUGCGACGUAUGACGUUAAAAGUAUGGAGAACUGGAUGCAUUAUUUUAUGAUUAGACUGUAUCUCCAGCUGUUGUGAUAUAUUUUUCUGUAUACUGAAUGAGUUUACCAGAACAGCAGAGGUUUUGGAACUAAUUUUGAAUUCUUGUUUUUUGUUUAAUUAUCUACAUCUCAGUAUAUAUUAUAUUAUAAUUAUUCCGUUAGUUAUUAGAUUGUUUUAUCAACACAUAAUAACACACAAGGGCAUGUAAUUUAAAUAUUAUAUUAUCCUGUACAUGGGAAACCGUUGGAUAAUAAAG